AUGCAGUCGGUCUUGUUUGUCGCGCCCCGAGUCUUCUUGCGAAAGAUAUCUUUUAUGACUAAAAAAGGUGUUGUGUUCCAUUUCAAAGAGACUUACCGUUUUUCUUUCUUCCUCUCACUCUCAAUACAUUAUUCUUUUUCUUCUUCUAAAAAAUAUCAGUUUGCUUUUUCUUUCUCUCCCCACCCCUCGUUUCUUGUUUGUCAGCUUCUUCCUCUAGUCAUCACUGCUUCUUCAUCCAUCCCAGAAAGAUCAGCAGAUGUAUCUUUUCUCUCUCUCAAGCUACGGAUAUUUACAUCCAACCUACGUGACAUUCAUAUUCUUUCUCGCCACGCUACGGACAUUUUUACACACUUCCUUGCCAAGCUACGUACAUUUAAAUUCCUCCUCGCCAAGUUACGGACAUUAACACUCUUCUUCGCCAAACUAUAUGACAUUAACACUCUUCCUCACUAA